AUAAUGCCAUCAAUUUGGAGUAAACUAUUGAUGCCCGAGUGGGCACUGCCCUACAAUUGCUAUGAAAUUGGCCAUACGUGGACGCCUUCAUGUGAAGACGCGGCUAUAGAUAUGACUCUAACGGUGUUUGUAGAGGCCGUCAAACUGUAUACACCGUUAUAUUUGAUGAGCGAAGUUAUGCGUAGUCGUCGUCAUCGUAGCCAAAAAUGGUCACUUCAGUCGGUGGUCACUUCGGUGGUCAGCAAUACGUUGCGUUCAUCAAGUUUUCUAGGAUUUACGGCUAUGUUAAUGAUGACAGUGUUUUGCAAUAUGAGACGAUUUACCGGUAAAUUUUAUUACACACUAUGCGCUUAUCUACCGGUAUUUCUCAGCAGUUUGUUUGCCAUACUUAUCGAGAAGCGGUCGCGAAGGGCUGCGUUAGCCAUAUAUUGUGCUAACAUUGCCAGCGAAACACUAUACAGAAUGUUAGUCAACAGGAACUACAUUAGACCCGUUCCCAGGGGUGAAGUCAUACUGUUUACUGUUUCAAUUUCAGUCAUUUUACUGAUAGUACGUAAGUAUGGCUAUGGAAAGGAUGCCGUCAGCUCUGGACUUAAAUUUAUUUUGGGUGCCGAAGAAAGUGGCAAUUAUGUGAUAAACCACCGGUGCUCUAACAACAUCAAGAUUUCUGAUAAAAUUAAGUCAUUAAUACUAGAAAUGGACAGUUGUGUUGUUAGACACCCUAAAUGUAAACAUACAUAUAAUUCUUGUCUAUUGAAUACUCUGUGGUAUUCAAUGAGAAACUUUGCAAUCGGUUGGUCGGCACAGUUAGUAUUGUCGGUAUUUACAAAACAAAAGUUUUUGAAAUUACCGAUUACCACAUUUAUUAAUGGACUGACCGACAAACGUAAUAUAAAUUUUGGACUAUUUUUAAGUACAUUUACAGUAGUCUACAAAUCAAUGAUAUGUUUGUUACAUAAAACAAAUAGUUUACCGCCUGAAUGGUAUACUAUUAUAGCUUCUCUAUGUGCUGGACCAACAAUGUUAUUAUCGACAUCCAGUAUGAAUACAACAAUAACUAUGUAUUUAUUAUGGAAAGCCAUAGAAAUGGUUUAUCUAUUGGCCGUACGUAAUGGUCUGUUAGGUGGUGUCAAUCAGACAGUAAUAUUGUUGUACGCGAUAUCAACCGCACAGUUAGCAUACGUGACAAUACUGGAGCCGCGCGCUAUGAGAUCGUCGUAUUUAAAAUUUAUUGAUCGCAUAACUGGCCAAAAGCUCAAUAGUUUCAACAGAUCAGUGCUGGACGUUUUUGGGACAGGCGCUUCAAAAGGUUACGAACACAUACAGUUCCCUAAGUUAUGGUUUCAAUAUACAAGUCGACAGUUUAAGGAAAAUGUUUUAAGUUGGCUUAUCUGA